AUGCAAUUGCUUCGUUUCAGCCUCUUAUCGCAGCUGGUCGGGCUCCUCAUUUUGAGGCUCGUCGGAUCCGUUGUCGCGCCACUUGUUCCUAGCGCCGCAAGCAACGACGAAUGGCUCGGCGUCUUUGGAAACUUAGGCAGCUUCAGCAAUCUGCUGCAUCACGGUCUGCCGAGACAGGCAGGAAUCGCAGAAGCUCGUCAAGCUUCUGCUGCUUCGCAAGGCAGUUUUAGCGAUCUCCUGCAUCAUGGCAUUCCAGGGCAACCAGGGAUCGCUGGGGCUUCAGACAUCGGCCACGGUCUUGGCUCGUACCAGCACGGAAUCGAUCCGGCUCUGGUCUAUGGUUCUGCUGCCCAUCCAGUGUACCACGCUCCGAGCCACAUGCAUGCUCCCGCAGGGAACAUAUGGUCGACAGAGCCAUGGCACGAUCAAGUAGCUUCAUCGAUCCAGUGGCCUGGUUCUGAAUCUGCGGUCGACGAUCGCAAUCCAGACGACCUGUCGGCGGUCGUGUUCGGUGCUCGUUAUCACCCGGCUUUGCAUGAACAGCAGGUGCUUCCGCCUGCCCGAGCCAUCAGGCAGGCUACUCCAUCCGUGCCAGCAUCAGCAUCUACAUCCGAAUCUGCGCCGCAGAUCCUCUGGCCCUUUCCAUCCUCCAAGCUAGACAGGCAUGCCUUUAUCUCCAGCCUUCAAGAAGCCGAUCCGAUGGAGAUGGUCAAGAGGCCAGUGCUGAUUGUGACCCAAGAGGAAGACCUCGAGGAAGAAAUACGGAACGAGGUGCAUCCUAGCCUCGAGCUCAAGUCAGUCUGGAACGCCGAGAGACCCAAGCUGCUAGCGCGUCACGACUCGCACGAUGCUUUUGUGGACGCCUUCUCGUAUCUGCGUGUGGAACAUCUGGGCAUCGAGCUGGUCUUUGGAGGCAGAAAGUUUUGGCUCAUGAAAGUCCAUCGAGUUCCUGCGAGUCUCAACUCCCCGACACUCACCGGUCUGUACGUUUGGGAGCUCAAGACGUUUGAGGGCCAAGCGGUGCUGGUGUGUCGCGGCAUGUACAGCGCAGGCAAGCGCUUCUGGGGCCACCUCAAGAAAUCUGCCGAAGUCGGAGCCAAGCAGAGCUUCAUGUUUCGCGCCAAGCAAGACCCCGUGUCAGGCGCCGAUAUCUUUCACGCAUGGAAGGCCAACCCCAGCACCUUUGUGGCGCCUACAGACUCUCAGCCAUGGCGCACCUCUCUUGCCAACGCAGGACUCCGACCCGACGCCAACUCCCGAUUCGUCUAUCGCCCCGAUCCGUGGUUCAACCAAGCAUUCGCGGCAUGGAUUGCCAAGAACAGUCCCACCACUUCGCGGUACCACUUGGGCCCGCCACUGCAGCUCGGCGCAGAGUAUCAGGACCUAUUCUCGCUCAAGAUGCGCGAAUCGUUUCGACGCCGUGUCGUCAUGACUGCAAUCACCUUGGAAGGCGAAUCGUUCCUCGCCACCCAUCAUUCGCCAGACCCGGCGUUCCCAACGUUCGACAAGGCCUUCGUCGCGCUCUGGUCGCGCCAGCAUGAGCUCGGACCCAGUUCCUUGGUCGCUAAGGGGCUCUACCACAUGCAUAGGCCCUACUUUGAUGCAGCGGUCCGCAAAGCGGACGGAGCCUCCCGCGUCCUCCCCGGCCCUCGUCCUCCAAAUCCCGUGUAG